CACAAAUGUCUCCCUUCCAUAACUUCAAACACACGUAACCAAAAAAUGAGCAACCUCCACCUCCACACCUCCGCACGCUUCCGCAAUUUCCCGACGGCUUUCUCCCGUCGCCACCAUAACAACAACGACCUCCAAAACCAACGCGGCCGAUCCGUUUUCUCCGAGCUAGGUGACACAACCCUCGACCCAAGCGGUGACCUAAUCACGAGAUGGAACCACAUCUUCCUUAUAACCUGCCUCCUCGCGCUCUUCCUCGACCCUCUCUACUUUUAUCUCCCUAUUGUCCAAGCCGGAACGGCCUGUAUGUCCAUCGACAUCGGUUUCGGCAUCCUCGUCACCUUCUUCCGUACCCUAGCCGAUUUCUCCUUCCUCAUUCACAUUCUCCUCAAAUUUAAAACUGCUUUUGUCUCCAAAUCGUCUAGAGUCUUUGGUCGCGGCGAGCUUGUCAUUGACCGCCGUGAAAUCGCCAUCCGUUACCUUAAAUCUGAGUUCAUUAUUGACCUCGCUGCCACGCUUCCUCUUCCUCAGAUAAUGAUUUGGUUUGUGAUCCCAAAUGCGGGAGAAUUCAGAUACGCAGCACAUCAGAACCACACACUUUCCUUGGUCGUCCUGAUACAGUACGUGCCUCGCAUCCUCGUCAUGCUUCCACUAAACCGUAGGAUCAUUAAAGCCACUGGAGUUGCAGCCAAAACAGCCUGGUCCGGUGCAGCCUACAAUCUCGUGCUCUACUUACUUGUGAGCCACGUUCUUGGUUCGGUUUGGUACGUUUUAUCGAUCCAGAGACAGCACGAAUGCUGGAGAAGAGAAUGCAUUAAGGAGAUGAACGCAACGCAUUCACCGUCUUGUAAUCUCUUGUUUCUAGACUGUGGAUCGUUGCGGGAUCCAGGCAGACAAGCUUGGAUGCGCAUCACUCGGGUUCUCUCUAACUGCGAUGCACGUAAUGAUGAUGACCAACAUUUUCAGUUUGGUAUGUUUGGUGAUGCCUUCACUAAUGAUGUCACUUCUUCUCCUUUCUUUGAUAAAUACUUCUACUGUCUUUGGUGGGGUCUCCGCAAUCUCAGUUCUUAUGGACAGAGUCUUGCAGCUAGUACAUUGAGUAGUGAGACUUUAUUCAGUUGUUUCAUCUGUGUUGCUGGCCUUGUUUUCUUCUCUCAUCUCAUUGGCAAUGUUCAGAACUAUCUGCAAUCGACAACGGCUAGGUUAGAUGAAUGGAGAGUGAGAAGAAGAGAUACAGAGGAAUGGAUGCGACACAGGCAAUUGCCACAGGAGUUACAAGAGCGUGUGAGGCGGUUCGUCCAAUACAAAUGGUUAACCACUCGUGGAGUCGAUGAAGAAGCCAUCCUCCGUGCUCUACCAUUGGAUCUUCGUAGACAGAUCCAACGUCAUCUCUGUCUCGCUCUAGUUCGCCGUGUGCCAUUCUUUGCACAGAUGGACGACCAGCUCAUAGACGCAAUAUGCGAGCGUUUGGUUCCAUCGUUGAACACGAAAGAUACAUACGUGACACGGGAAGGCGAUCCUGUAAACGAGAUGCUUUUCAUCAUUAGAGGUCAGAUGGAAAGUUCGACUACAGAUGGUGGACGGUCAGGAUUCUUUAACUCAAUCACGCUCAGACCAGGAGAUUUCUGUGGUGAAGAGCUCUUAACUUGGGCUUUAAUGCCAAACAUUAACCAGAAUCUCCCCUUGUCCACGAGAACCGUGAGAACUCUCUCUGAAGUAGAAGCUUUCGCUCUCAGAGCAGAGGACUUAAAGUUUGUAGCUAACCAAUUCAGACGCCUCCACAGCAAGAAACUCCAACAUGCUUUCAGAUACUAUUCGCAUCAGUGGAGAGCUUGGGGAACUGGUUUUAUACAAGCUGCAUGGAGACGAUACAUGAAGAGGAAGUUAGCUAUGGAGUUAGCUAGGCAAGAGGAAGGAGACGAUUACUAUUAUGAUGAUGAUGAUGAUGAUCAAUACGGAGGAGAGGACAUGCCUGAAAGUAGUAACAACGUAGACGACAACAGCAGCAACAGUCAGAAUUUGAGUGCGACGAUAUUAGCGUCUAAGUUUGCAGCUAAUACGAAGAGAGGUGUUUUAGGGAACCAAAGAGGGUCUUCCAGAAUUGAUCCUGAUGAUCCAACUUUGAAGAUGCCUAAAAUGUUUAAACCAGAGGAUCCAGGAUUCUUCUGAAUUUUCUUUGUUUAUUUUUUCUUUUGUGAAAAAAAUGAAUUUAGGAUAUUUUCAGAGACUGACUUGAUUUGCUGUAAGCAACAAUUUAAUCAGACAUAUAAAUAAACAUCAUUACAGAUUAAAGUAAUUGUGUCUGGUGUUGAUUUAUAUCCAGCGCAUACUUAGCUCCUACGGCUUUUAACACCGCUUUUAUUGGUAUGGACUUAUCUUGUGAUAGUUGUAGCCUAGUUAGGUUUUCACAUUUGAAUUAAGUUUUUUUUUCAAACAUGUAUAGAGUUAUUUUUUACGCUUAAUUUAUAUAUGAAUUUACUAAUUUAAAAAUGAAAAUAAUAACAACUCGGUGAUAAUUCUGAUUAGUGAGAAAUUAUCAAUAAAGAUUAUUAGAUGGGAAAGAAAACUAUAGUAAUUUAUAAGAAAAUAAUAAUUUUUGUUCAUCUAUGCAAAAAACAUUCAACGGACUACAACAUCACCAAAGUAACCUACGUCAUUUACAAGAAAAGAUGAAAAACCAUAUAGAAGAGAUGACCCAACUACCGCACAUAGAAAACGACACCACAUCCUAACAUGCAACUAUUGCAUUUGUAUAUUUCUUUUGAUUAUGAUUUGAUUUGAUAAUUUCCAAGCUAUAUCCACAAUUAAUUAGUAUUCUUUUUGCAGAUGGAGGUAAAAAUGGAAGAGAUAAAAUAUUGGUAGAUAAGAGUUCAUGCCAACUAAUAGGCAUAGCUCUUUGUCUUACUCUUAUCUUUCAGAAUAAGAAACAUAUAUUAACUUCUUGAUUAUUACAAUAUUUAAUGCCUUUCUUAUCUUUCAUUUUCUAAUUUAUUGAAAAACGGACAAUAUGGCUUAGUUGUCAAUGGCCAUUCAAUGUACGGCAACGCACACCAAGAGAGUGCAACUUAGCGACAUGUGUGAGAGAUACUGCGUGAGAUCUUAACCGUUGGAUUCCUUCCUUCUCCUUCAAAUCAUAAUAUAAAUUUCAUUUGACCGAAGAGGAAGAAAAUCCGAAGGAAAAGAUAAGAAACUUGAAGUUUCAAAGCAGUUUAGCAUCCAUGGCGGCUCGUAGUAGAGUGUCUUCUCUAUUGUCACGAUCCUUUUCAGCUUCCUCUCCCUUUCUCUCUCGUUCUCAAGG